AAUUUCCCUCAGCUGAUGUUUUAUAAAGAGGACCAGAGGCUGGAAAGAGAGAGGAAGUGGAGGUAAGGGCCCCCCUCCUAGCCCUGCUCCCCUAUCCUCUCGGGAACCUCUGGGCAGAGGGCACAGCCAGCCUCCAGAGCUUCUCUGCCUGGUGGACCAUGGACUGGCAGCAAUUGUGGCUGGGCUUCCUACUGCCCAUGACAGUCUCAGGCCGGGCCCUGGGGCCUGCAGAGAAGGAGGCAGCUGUGAAUUAUCUGCUGCAGUAUGGGUACCUACAGAAGCCUCUAGAAGGACCUGAUGACUUCAAGCCAGAAGACAUUACAGAGGCUCUGAGAGUUUUUCAGGAAGUAUCUGAGCUGCCAAUAUCAGGUCAGCUGGAUGAUGCCACAAGGGCCCGCAUGAGGCAGCCUCGCUGUGGCCUGGAAGACCCCUUCAACCAGAAGACACUUAAAUAUCUGCUGCUGGGUCGCUGGAGGAAGAAGCACCUGACCUUCCGCAUCUUGAACCUACCCUCCACCCUUCCACCCGACACAGCCCGGGCAGCCCUGCUUCAGGCCUUUCAGUACUGGAAGAAUGUGGCCCCCCUGACCUUCCAAGAGGUGCAGGCUGGCUGGGCUGACAUCCGCCUAUCCUUCCAUGGCCGCAAAAGUCCAUACUGCACAAAUACCUUUGAUGGGCCUGGGAAGGUCUUGGCCCAUGCCGACAUCCCAGAGUUGGGCAGUGUGCACUUUGAUGAUGAUGAGCUCUGGACUGAGGGGACCUACCGGGGUGUGAACCUGCGUAUCAUUGCAGCACAUGAACUAGGCCAUGCUCUGGGGCUUGGGCACUCCCGGUACACCAAGGCCCUCAUGGCCCCUGUCUACACUGGCUACCGGCCCUACUUCAAGCUGCACCAUGAUGAUAUAGCGGGAAUCCAGGCUCUCUAUGGCAAGAAAAUACCAGAGAUAGAGGACGAUGAAGAAGAAGAAAUGGAGGUGCCCUCUGUACCCCCUGUGCCAACUGAACCCAGUCCCAUGCCAGACCCCUGCAGUGGUGAACUGGAUGCCAUGAUGCUAGGGCCCCGAGGGAAGACCUAUGCCUUCAAGGGGGAUUAUGUCUGGACUGUGACAGAUUCAGGGCUGGGCCCCCUGUUCCGAAUCUCUGCACUUUGGGAAGGGCUCCCAGGAAACCUGGAUGCUGCUGUCUACUCUCCUCGAACACAAUGGAUUCAUUUCUUUAAGGAAGACAAAGUAUGGCGCUAUAUUAAUUUCAAGAUGUCUCCUGGCUUCCCCAAGAAGCUAAAUAGAGUAGAACCCAACCUGGAUGCAGCCCUCUACUGGCCUCUCAACCAAAAAGUCUUCUUCUUUAAGGGUUCCGGGUACUGGCAGUGGGACGAGCUGGCAAGAACUGACUUCCGCAACUACCCUAAACCAAUCAAGAUGCUGUUUACGGGAGUGCCAGAUCAGCCCUCAGCUGCAAUGAGUUGGCGGGAUGGUCGAGUCUACUUCUUUAAGGGCAAACUGUAUUGGCGCCUCAAUCGGCAGCUUCGGGUGGAAAAAGGCUAUCCCAAAAAUAUUGCCCAGGACUGGAUGCACUGUCGUUCCCAGACUUUAGAUACAACUCCAUCAGGUGGAGACACUACUUCCUCAGCCACACAUAUAAAUUUAGAUACCACUGCCUCAGUCACAGAUAUCACAUUGAAUAUGGACCACUCAUCCACAGUCUUGGACACUAUCUCCUCAGCCAAAGCUUUCACCACUCUCUCAUUAUCUAGUAACGUCACCCUCCCAGAAGCCUAA